GUACUGCUGUCACGAGAGGCGGUAAAAAGCUGCUCGGUCCCUUUUUGUUUUUUUACCAAAGCGGAAGUACUUUAUUGGUCAACCAAGGCCAAGAUCAACGCAAGCAAAGCAGCAAGAUGGCUCACAGGCUGCUGGUGCGAAGAAUUUGGAUGCUCUCUACGAAAGAUAUGCGCUGCCUCCCAGCGUCUGCCGUCUCCUCCUCUUCUUCGUUUUCCACCUCCCUGCAGUCCGCCACAGCCCGGGUCUCCUUCCUCUCUCGCUCACACUCUCUGCCUCGCUCCCUCACUCACACCUCCCGUCGGGAAGUCUCCUUCAACGUUCAGGACCACGAGGACUUCGCAGACCGAGUCAUCAAGAGCGAACUGCCCGUACUAGUUGACUUCCAUGCACAGUGGUGUGGUCCCUGUAAGAUCCUCGGGCCAAGGUUGGAGAAGGCUGCUGCAAAACAGAAAGGCCGUGUUGCCAUAGCAAAAGUGGACAUCGACGAUCACACAGACCUGGCUAUCGAAUACGGGGUGUCUGCCGUUCCGACAGUCAUCGCCAUGCGGGGCGGUGACGUCAUCGAUCAUUUUGUGGGGAUCAAAGACGAUGAUGAGCUGGAGUCAUUUGUCAGCAAGUUCAUUGGACAAUGAACCAGCUGUCCCCGCUUUGUAUGAUUUUGGGCGCCAUCUUGAGCCAGAAUAACAACAGUCAACAGAUAAACAAAACCAUGCCGCUAUCUCAGCUGGCAAACACUCACUGCUCACACCCAUCCCUUGACACACUGCUUCAGCUCGUUACUUCUGUCUCCGUCAGUUUUAUUUUGUCUAGAGAUGGGUGUGUGCUUCCCUUUUUAACCCUUUAGUUCAUGCCACGUUCCCUUUUGCAGCAGCUAAUUUCUCUUCAAAGUGACCGCUCCUACGCACUACAAGAGCUGCUGGGCCAGUGUGUACGUUUUGCUGUAAAAGUCUGUAGAAUGGAAAAUACACCGCUGUACUGCACUUAUACUGUAUAACUUUAGGGAUGAACAUUUCUAGUUUUAGUGGUGGAGAGGAUUUAACUUAAAGCUGACCAUACUGAAUGAGGUUUGUGUUACCUGUAGUUCCUGCUUUAGUCCACACGAUGGUGGCGUUUCUCUAACAUCGCAAAGCCACACAUGGUCAUUUUACACCAUUAUGCCUAAUAAUGUGAGAGAGAUGUUGUGUGUAUGUGUGGGUCUGUGUGUGUGUGUGUGUGUGUGUGUGUGUCUCUGGGUCCUGACUGUGAUACUUUAAGUCAAGUGGGAAUUGCAAAUAUGAGUUUGAUUUAGUUUAUUACUCAAAUGAACUCUAUGUACCAGAAACAUGACCAAGUGAAGUAAUAAAGGAGUCAGAAACUUUCUGUA